GUUAAUGGUGUGUGUUGUUAACGCAUUGAUAGCAUUCUUGCAGAAAUGGUAAAUAAAUUGUGCUUCGUCGAUGGUUGCCAAACUCGAAGUAAUCAAGAAAAUGGCCCUGCCGCGUUCUUCCGUCCGCCAAAGGAUAAUUUCGAUGAGUGGAAAACAAUUUUCCCAGAGAAAAAACUUAUGCAGACUUCUCGUUUCUGCUGGAAGCAUUUUGAUGACGAAGACAUCGUUAAGGGGAAAAUGAUAGGCGAAGAAUUUUACCCCCAGGAACGUUGGCGUCUCAAAAAAGGAGCUAAGCCAAAACAUCUUCUAGCCAAAGCUAAUCUUCCACCAUUGACAACUUUGAGUACUAAUCCAGUUGGGAAGAACCAUUUAAAUUCAAGAUUGAAGACCAUCAGUUCUAUUUUGGAUGCACCGUCUAGGUCAUCAUCCACUGUUCUCUCAAACAGUAAGACCACACACAGCAGCUCACAUCUGGUUGAGGUGAUGAUGGACCAUACAUAUUAUAUUUCUUUGGAUCCGGAAAUGCAAUUGCCCAAGCGAUCAGUUCCAUCGAUCGAAUCCAAUGUGUCAUUGCCACCUGCCUCCAAAGAUGUUUCUAUUAAUUCUGAAACAGAAACCCGAGAGCUGGAUCUCAAUCCCAAUGACUGUUUGAUGAGCCAUGAAGGUACAAGCACAGACUCGACACUACCUAGCCCAGAUCCGAUCGAAUUGAUAGGUCUUAAACCCACUGAUGUUUCUACUGAUGAACAAUCUAAUUUGGCUGAGCCUUCGGUGGGAUUUAAUGAUUCUGCUAUUGAUGCAGUUGCCUUUCAAGCUUUAAAAGAAAAUGUGAGACUUCCAUCUGAUUCUUGGAGUUGGAUGCAUAACGGCAAAACCGCUGCCUGUAUGAGUUGGUUUGAUGCCCCCGACGGAAGUUUAGUUAUAAAGACACUCAGAGUUCUAUCAACAAAAAGUGUGUCUUUCCACGUUGGGGGGAAACCAGUUUUACCGAAUGUCAAAAAAAGCUAUCGCGACUACGCCGAAAUUAGCGGCUUUAUCAAAACCCUCGAUGGUCAUAAGGUGUGCAAAGGAAUCAUUAAUUCUUCGGUUGUGAAUGUUACGGCAAAAUGCGCCAUUUCAAAAGAUGGCGAUGUUUGGCGGUCGACGUACUGCAGCUAUUUAGCAAAUUCGAAAAGUGAGCUUUGCACUGGGUGUUCUAAGGCGUUGAGAUAUAUAAAGAAGAGAUCUGUCAGUAACAAAAAAAGAGGGAUAUCUAAGAAGAAGCUGGUUAUAGCGAAUCAAAAAAUUAGGCGGAUGAAGUCAAGAGAAAUGGUUUUUGCAUCGAAACUCAAAGCAAUGCAAGACAAGUGCUGCGCAUUAGAAGCAGAUUUAAGGGACAACAGCUUUGAAGCUGUCAUGAAGAAAUUAAGUGAACAGAAUAAUAAGGAGAUUUGCCAAAUAAUUUCGACGCAGAUGCAGACAAGAUCUCGAACUAAAGGUGGACUUAGUGUUUGUCACAGUAACACAGUACCAAAUUUUGUGAGCCGUUUGAAAAAGAGGUCUCGAAACACUAAUACCAAAUUUUGUGCGCCGUUGAAAAGGUCUCGAAACUCUAGUCACUUAAUCACAUUGUUAUCGCUGAUACCUUAAAAAAGAAUGUGUCACGAAGGUGAAACUAACUGCUGCCUCUCUUCUGUGAUCCCCAUUGGCAUUCUAAUAUGAGAACUUACAUAAUGGAAUGUGUAAAAGUGAAAUAUUAUUUCGAAUCUAAACGUUUGAAACAUGUGUUAUUGUUCAAAGACCAAAAGGAGGUCCAGGCAAGUUGCAAACUAGCCAAAAUUGCUCAUAUCAAAGAUGUAAUAAAAAAGUAGUAACUCA